AUGAAAAGAAAUAAACUUUCAAAUAAUUUUAGAAAACAUCUUGUAAGUUCAAGUCGUUUUUGGGUUGGUAAAAGAAUGGAUUCUAAUAAAAAAAAUACAGUAAAAUAUUCCAAACAAAAUGAUAUAGCAAAAAAUAUUAUGUUAUGGGGAAAAAGAGAUUUGGAUAAUGAUAUUGAUAAUGAUGUUUCAUUUAGAUUAUUAUUUGAUCAAUAUUAG